AUGGCUCCGACAGAAUCACCUGAAGAUUCAGUGUGUGAUUUGAAUGCUCCCAGAGGGUCAAGCUUUGAGCCUAGAGAACAUGGGAGAGGCAGAGGAAAAGGAAUGUUUGGUAGAGGUCGUGGGAUGCCAUUCAAUUCAAAUCGAGACUUCGACAAUCAGGAUGGUCCAGAUCGUCAGGGUCCAAGACAAUAUGGUCGAAGAGAUGGAAAUUGGAAUUCUCAGGAUGUUGAUGGUCAAACAAUGCCUGAGAGUGGUGACUCAGAGCAAGUUGUGCGUUUCGCAGACGACUGUAACGAAAUCGAGGACCAGCCAGAGCAUGCCACAAACUUUGAUAUACAUGAUGACUCAUUAUUAUAUUACAGCAUAAUGUAA